UCAAAGUCUUGGUCGACGCCUGCCUUUGUCCCAUCCUUUUUGUAGUUUGCAGCAGCAGCAACUAAUUCAGUAUUUAAUGCUGCAGAGGCUUCCCUGGUUGUAAUGAUUCUUUUCACGGGAGCUCAACCUGCAUUUGCCGGCGGCCGAGGACUGCUGCAAAGUCGUCGCGAGAUUAUGAAGAUCAGCCAGAGUACUCUGUUCCGUCGCCUGCUGCUGAUGAGCUUGAUCAUGGUGCUUAUCUUUAUCUUGGGAGCUCAACCAACCUUUGCCCGCCGAGCACUUCUCGCGGCUGGGGAGGUCUCUGGGAGCAAAUCAGCUCCGGGAAAGCAUGGAUGAGCCCGGUGUUGGGUCUGGCGGCGGCGGUUGCUGUAUUAUCGGCGGCGACUGGCGAUUAAGUGAGAAGGGAAUGGAGACCUUAAAUACAAUUUUUACAAGUUAUCUGACGUAGAAAAAAGGUAGGGUAAAAUGGGGAAUGUAUUAUUUAAUUAUAUUACCAGUUGAAUAUAUACUCUUAUUUUAUAAUUAUUUUAAUAAUGGUAUCACAUAAAUUUUAUUCCAUUGAUUUGUGUAGUAUGAUCUUUGGUACGAUAUGUUACAAGGUUUGCCUGUAACAAAAUAUAGAGAUACAUGUAACAGGUUUAUGUUGGAAGGGUGUAUUUGUCAGAAAAACAAAGUUGGAGACACAUUAAAAAAAAAAUGUAUUUGGAAGGGUG